GUUUGCAGACUACAAAUACAGGAAAAUAAAGCUUCUAGUAUUUAAAAUAAUCUUUCAGUAUAUAUAAAGACAAGAAGACACCAAGACUAAAUAUACAGUAAAACACUAGAAAAAUGAAGUUAUUUCUCUUUGCAAUCGCUCUGGUUUUCGGUAUCAAACAAAGUUAUGCAGCUGAAUGCCACUGGAGAGAAAUCGAUUUAUGUUUGGCAACUGCAGCUCUUUAUGGAACUGGAGGAAAUAUAAUUCCAGAAAAUGAAGAAAAUGUCGAAUUAUUCUGCAGCACUGUUCAAGAAGGGCAAUCGUGUGUAGGCAACUUUUCAACAAAAUGUAUGUCAUCCUCAUUGAGACAAUUAUUGUAUUUGUUUGUUGAGCCAACAGUACAGUUCACUCAAGACUUCUGUACUAAAGGAUCUGCAUCGCAAAAAAAAUGGUUGCAACACGCUCCAUGCUUAGCAGAACAUUUUGAUGAUGCAAGACCAUGUAUAGAUGAUGGAUUAACAGCUUUAGAAUACUUAACCAAAGUUCCACCAAAAGAUCGAUUUUCUAGUUUAUGUUGUACCUUCACGAACAUUCGUCAAUGUUUAGGAAAUCUUUUAUCAGAAAAAUGCUCUAAAGAUGCUGAAGAUUUAAUGGAUGUGAUGCUUAGGAGUUUAAUAAGCGAUUUACCAUUCACUGCAUGUCAAUCAUUCGAUCCAAAAUCUGAUAAAUGUAGAGCUGUCCUUCCACCUCCGGGUACCAAAACCGCUGGAUCUGAAUCUGAAUUACAAAUUGUACGUUUGCUCUCUACAUUCCUCGGAAGUUAAGAAGUGUUAUCUGCAUUUUUCUCAUAGAAAAUAAAUUGUAGUUUUUUCCCCUAGGUAGUAACAUAAUCAUUAAUUAAAAUUAUUCUGGAUUUCUAAUAGUUUUGUGAUUUAAAAAAACUAAAU